AUGUCUUCCGACGACGGCAAGCAGUUCGCCAUCGUCCUCACAACGUCCCUGGUGACAUUCGCCACGGGCUUCCUCUUCGGUGUCUGGACCAUCCAGGGCUACCUCAUCCCUCCCAGCUUCGCCGCCGAGCGCCGCGCCUACCACAACGACCCAGUCGAAAGCGAAGAGAGCGACGUCGACGAGGCCGACACCAUCCUCGACCACGCACCCAACUGGGCCAAUGGCCUCAACGCAGACCGCAAGCAGGGCCUGAGCACCGCCCCCUCCGGAGAGAAAUCGAUAUACGACUCCAAGGAGGAGUGCAAGCUCGUCCUGGUCGUGCGAACAGAUCUCGGGAUGACCAAAGGUAAAAUCGCCGCGCAGUGCUCCCACGCCACCCUCGCCUGCUACAAGAACCUGGUCGGCGCCCCCGCCGACUCACCCAAGCGCAAGGCCCUCGCCCGCUGGGAGCGGUACGGCCAGACCAAGAUCGCCGUGCAGAUCAAGUCGCAGGACGACCUCCUCGAGCUGCGUCGCACGGCGCGGAACAUGGGCGUCACCGCCGAGGUGAUCCAGGACGCGGGGCGGACGCAGAUCGAGGCCGGGAGCAUGACCGUGCUUGGUGUCGGGCCGGCGCCCAGGAGCGUUGUCGACAAGAUUACGGGGCAUCUUAAACUGCUAUAG